AUGUUAUCAAUUUGGGUAAUAAUAAUAAUUGGUCUUCCUUUAUGGUGGAAGACGACCGAGAUUUAUCGUGCACAACUUCCAUUUGCAGAGAUAGAAGAAUGGUCUAAAAAAAGGGAGAGAUUAGAUAUUAAAUUUUCAACACACUUCACUUUAUUUAUUGCUACCAAUGUGUUGGAAGAAAACAAUAAUUUUAAUCUCAAAAAUCUUGAUAUUCGUUUAAAAGAAUCAAUUGCAUCAAAAUAUAAUUUAAUUAACAAUUCAAAAUCUGUUCAAUUUCCUGUUAAAUUUAAAAUAAAAGAAUGGAAUGAAUGGAAAGAUGUUCUCAAAGAAGAUUUCAAUCUUGGACAAUUAAAUUUUACUAGUAAAAAUGGAAAAUAUGCAUUUUAUAUUUUACCAGGAAAUAAUGAAAAUAAAAAAACAAAAGUAUUGGUGGGAAAUCAAAGGCAAGCCAUUGUACAAAUUGAACAAAUUGAACAUUGGAAUCUUGAACCAUCAACAGAAGCAAAUGUAGAACUUGACAGUAUGAGAACAAUGAAAUAUUCUCCAAUGUAUCAAGUAACAUUCAGCCUUAUGAAUGGAGAUCCAUCAAGUUUACUUGUAAAUUGGGAUAUUGAUCAAACUGUUAAUAAAUAUUUGAAACCAUUUGUUGAUAAGAUUUCUGUAAUUUCCAAUUUAAUAGUAGAAUCCCAAAUUCAACAUUAUGCCAGAUUAACAUUUGAACCUCAACAAAAAAAAAUCAUUGAGAAUAUUAAUUAUAAUAAUGAUAAUGACAAGUAUUUUUAUUUGACUCCUGAUUUAUUACCUCAUUUUAUAAAUGCUGCGGAAUGGAAACUUGCUUCGGCCGUUUCUUCUUAUCCUACACUUAAUUUUAUUUUAUAUGUUCCAUCUUUAGAGCAAAGUCCUUUGUACAUACAAGAUUCAAAAGAAAAUAUUAUUAAAAAUAAUGCAUUUUUAAUACCAAGAUGGGGUGGAGUGGUUAUAAAUAAUCCGGAUCGCUCAACCGGGAUUCAUAAUUUUACAUCAGAAGAAUUGAAAUCUGUAAUGUCUAUCUUUAUCAUGCAAUUAAGAGGAUUACUUGGUGUACAAGAUUUUUGGGUUAAAGCUGGAUCUGGUUUGGAUUCAUCUGUAACUAUCGAAUUUACUUCGCCACAAAAUACUGCUAUUACCAUGUGGGAACUUGAUAGUUUGGUGAGGCGCCGAAUAGCGGAAAAUAUUGUGGCCACAAUUUUAACUUUAAAAUCAUUGUCACAAUUAGUUGCUGAAAUUCCAAAUAUGGUUGUAUUAGAUCAUAUACAAACUGAGGUUUUAUUGGCAUUGGACAGUUUGAAAAAGUCCUGCACAAGUUUACAAGAAGAACAAUAUGAAAUUGCUUUACAACAUGCAAAAAAAGCAAUAGAAAGAGCGGAAUCAGCAUUUUUUGAUCCUACAAUGAGAAAUUAA